GGCGCGGCGCGGCGGGGCGGGGCGGGGCCGGCGCGCGCUGCGCCUCGUGCGGCCGCCGCGCUGUGUGCUCUCCUCGUCAUGGGGGCCGCGGUGCGGGCGCGCUACCUCGUGUUCUUCCAGUACGCGGGCACCGACUUCAAGUAAGUCCCGCGGCGCGCGGUGAAGGGGGAUGGGCGUGGGCCGGCUCGGGCCGAGCGGCCGCACUGAGCCGCGCGGGAGCCGCCCUGGCGCGCUGACCCUCGCCCGCGUCUGCCCGCAGCGGGGUCGCCGCGGUCCGGGGCGCCCAGCGCGCCGCCGGGGUCCAGAACUACCUGGAGGUGUCCACGCCCUGAGCAACGCGGCGCACCUGGACGUCCAGCGCCGCCCGGGCCGGCCGCCUUUCACCCCCGAGGUGCUCACGCAGGCCCUCAACACCCACCUGCGGCACCCGGCCAUCCGGGUGCUGCAGGCCUUCCGCGUGCCCGGCGACUUCCACGCGCGCUACGCGGCCACGUCUAGGACCUACCUGUACCGCCUGGUCACGGGCUGCCGCCAGUGGGGCCAGUUACCUGUGUUUGAGCGGAACCGGUGCUGGGCGCUUCGGGCAGACAGCUUGGACGUGGCAGCCAUGCAGGAGGCCGCGCAACACCUGGUGGGGACCCAUGAUUUCAGCGCCUUCCAGUCGGCCGGCAGCCCUUCCCCCAGCGCAGUCCGCACCCUGCGCCUGGCCCGCGUGACCCCCGCCCCCGCCAGUCCCUUCCUUCUGCCCCAAGAGAGCCGGAGGCUUCGGUUCUGGAGUAUGGAGUUUGAGAGCCAGUCCUUCCUGUACAGACAGGUGCGGAGGAUGACUGCUGUGCUGGUGGCUGUGGGGCUGGGGGCUCUGACACCAGCACAGGUGAAGGCCAUACUGGAGAGCCGGGACCCCCUGGGCAAGCAGCAGACACGUGUUGCUCCAGCCCAUGGCCUGUUUCUCAAGUCUGUGCUCUACAGGGACAUUGGUGCAGUCUCGGGAUGCCCAGGGCUCCUGGGCUCACCUGCCAUGUCAGGAGCCGCACACAGCAGCCAGCUACCCGAUGAGGUCAGCCACUGACAACCACACAGCCUGGGCUAUACUCGGCCUCCCUCUGUGCCCAGUCCUGAGCACCGGGGUAACGGGGUGGGCCAGCAUGGAAACGGCGCAAAGAAUCAGCAGCAGCCUUUGGUUCUGUUUCUCCUAGUGAUGGGGAAAUUUACUUUGGAACAAAAAUAAAGGUGUUAAGAGCCA